AUGGAUUCACAGGACCCCUAUCGCGUCGAAUACCGCCAUUCUUUGGCCGAGCUCGAAGAUGAAGUCAACAAGAUCAUGAUCGAAGACUGCAAGAUUGACGCCUGCGCUGAUUUAUUCCUCUUUCGCGUGCUACCGUUCCAAUCGGGAACAUACCAGCACGAGUAUUACGAGUACUCAGCGUACUCCGGGUAUGGCUUUUCCAAUUUCCUCAAGUCUGUCCCUGAAGAACCAAAGGCAGCUGCGACGGAGGAGCUGAGGCUGAACGUCGACCGAGUGCUGCCAGGGCUUCUUGAUGACUAUGACGGCAACAUCCUAGAGCAUGAAAAGAUCAAGGGGCGUCUGGACGCGAGGUGGAAGGGUAUGGAUGCAUAUCAAAAAGAUGGGGCCAGCAAGAACAGCAUUCCACGGUCACUAGUGGAUAUCCUCAUGGAGAAGCAAUAUCGGGAACGGGCUGGAUUAAGCGACGUUUCCUCCGAUGAGAAGGCUGCAUUCACCGAGUCCUGUCGCCAGUUGCAAAGCAUCAUCGAGGGUGAGCAUGCAACGGCCUCGUUCUCCUGUGGUGGCUCGAUUCCUAUCGUUCUCGGCGAUCUUCAGGCUCCGGAAGUAACCCGGCCUGCUUCAUCUCCUGUCAGUAUAUUCUGGAGCAAAGGCGAUGACGCCACGGCGCGCAAGCUCGUUCUGCCCCUCGACGAAUCCGUGCCGCACACUCACCCAGACACGCUCCGCCGUCUCGUCGUGGACUGUGACCCUGCAAGCUUUGGGCGAGGAGAGCAGGACGUGAUUGACCCAGAAUAUCGGCGAGCUGGGAAGAUCAAUGCCGACCAAUUUGCGACGAGCUUCCAUCCAGCCGACUUUGGAAUCUUGGAGAACCUAUCGCAGGUCCUUCUACCGAGUAUCAGCAGCGAGACCGACAACCAGUUGGGAUUUCGAAAAAUCACGGCCGAGCUCUACAAGCUGAACGUGUACUCCGGCCCAUCUGGGCACUUCCGAAAGCACGUCGACACUCCUCGCGCCACAAACCAAAUAGGCUCGCUUGUUGUCUGUCUUCCAUGUCCUUUCAAGGGAGGUAGCUUGACUGUCGAGCAUCAUGGGCAAAAGGUCGAGUUCGACUGGAGUGAAAAGAGCGAGACAAGCAUCCAGUGGGCUGCAUUCUACAGCGACUGCGAGCAUGAGAUUGAGACCAUCACUCACGGCGAUAGAGUCACGCUGACCUACAACCUUUAUGUCACUGAGCCUUUGAAUGUGGGAGUUCCAUCGCCAAUGUCAAUUGUGGACCCCAAGGCGUAUCCCGCGUACUCGUGGAUCAGAAACCUCCUCGAGCAAGAAGAGUUCAUGAAAGACGGUGGCGUCCUGGGCAUAUUUUGCUCCCAUGCAUACCCGCACUCCUCCAACCUAGCCGACCUUCAGCUCCCUCGGGCCCUGAAAGGCGCAGACUUGGUUCUUUACUCCGUCUUCAGAUCCCUCAACAUCGACGUGGAAGUUCUCCCAAUCCUCGAGAAAGACGGACACUAUUGCGCCGAGGAUCCGUCGCUAGGUAUCACCGGCACUGUCCCAGGUGAGGACGAGAUUGCACCGAAUGGACGUCGCCGGCGUAGUCGCUUCUAUAUGAGCGAAUAUGACUACGACCACAGCGGGACGCUCCAGAGGUUCCUCGGAAACGGCAAAAAGCCAUGGCCUAACUACGUCGAGCUUCUGCCGUCGGCUUCGCCUGCUGACUAUGAAGAUAUCGACCGGCGGUGGAAAACGCUCAUGCUGUCUCGCCGUGUAGGCGGCAUGCAAAAUAUGGUUGAAAAUUUCGCCACUGAGGAGCUUCCGGCGAAAGUAAAUAGUACACACAGGAACCCCGGUGUCCAGGUGGGGUUGUCGCACCGUCCGUAUAAGACUUUUAAUCGUGGUUACGAACGGGGUCUUGACGAGGUCAUCCAGUCCAUCUGGCCGGUCCAGUAUCUCCCCGGUGUCACCUGGAUCACUGGGCCAAAGCACGAGGAGAUGGCAUUUAGUCAGAUUGCGUACGGUAAUGAAGCCUCCAUUGGGACGAGGUACUCUUGUGCUGCCAUUCUGGCUGUUGUUCCGCCUGCGGAGCAGAGGGUGGGUAUGCUUCGUCAGGGUUAG